UCCCCAGCCUUUGUUAGCCAUGCCUAGCCUGGUAGUGUCAGGGAUAAUGGAAAGGAACGGGGGCUUCGGGGAUCUGGGCUGCUUCCCGGGGAGCAGCAAAGACAGGGCGCUGCUGGAGGACGACCGGGCGCUGCAGCUGGCCCUGGACCAGCUCUGCCUGCUGGGCUUGGGGGAGCCCUCGGCCGCCGCCGCGCCCUCCGCCUCGGCCUUGGGGGGCGGCGGCGGCGGCGGGCCGGAGGACAGCAGCAGCAACCAGCCGGCGCAGCCCCCGCCGCCGCAGCCGCCGCCGCCGCAAGCGCCCCUGCCGCCGCCGCCACCACCGCCUCCUCCUCCGCCGCCGCCGCCAGCUUCAGCCCAGCAGCAGCCGCCCCCGUCGCAGGCGGCUCCCAAAGGCUCCGCGGCGGCGGCCCUCUGCGUCCUGUACAAAGAAGCCGAGCUGCGCCUCAAGAGCAGCUCCAACACCACCGAGUGCGUCCCGGUGCCCAGCUCCGAGCACGUGGCCGAGAUCGUGGGCAGGCAAGGUUGCAAAAUCAAAGCUCUGAGGGCAAAGACCAACACUUACAUCAAGACUCCAGUACGUGGUGAAGAGCCUGUCUUCAUGGUGACUGGGCGGAGGGAGGAUGUUGCCAUGGCGAGGAGGGAAAUAAUUUCUGCCGCUGAGCACUUCUCCAUGAUCCGGGCCUCUCGUAACAAGGCUGGCACCGCCUUUGGCAGUGCCCCCACCUUGCCGGGACAAGUCACCAUCCGGGUUCGGGUCCCAUACCGCGUGGUGGGCUUAGUGGUGGGACCCAAAGGAGCCACCAUCAAGCGGAUCCAGCAGCAGACCAACACCUACAUCAUCACACCCAGCCGGGACCGGGACCCCGUCUUUGAGAUCACAGGGGCCCCAGGCAACGUGGAACGAGCCCGAGAGGAAAUUGAAACCCAUAUAGCCGUCCGGACAGGCAAGAUCCUAGAAUACAACAAUGAGAACGACUUCCUGUCCAGCAGUCCCGACUCUGGCAUGGAGAACCGUUACUCAGAGGCCUGGCGUGUUCAUACUCCCGCCCCUGGCUGCAAGCCUCUCUCUACCUUCCGUCAAAACAGCCUUGGGUGCAUUGGCGACUGCUCUGUGGACCCUGCCUAUGAAACACCCCGGCUGAACGACCAAAAUGAUUUCAAUUACAGUUACCUCUUCCCUAACUAUGGUGUCAACAAACAAGAUCUGUAUUACGGGGUGCCAGAAUCUGGUGCUCCUUUGUGGGCCGGGCAGGAAAACACCAACCCUGUCUCAGUCCUUUUCUCCAAGCAGCAACGAUCUAGCAAUACUGGCGCUAUUCAUCCCAACUCACACCGCUCCCCAUCCUCAUCUAUACAAGAGCCUACCCUCUCUGGGCUUCCUAGAAGGUCUCAGGGGGAGCCUUUGCAAGGGUUUUCCAAACUGGGUGCUUCCGCUGCCACCCGGACAUCCAUCUCCAGCAGCCGGGAGUGCAUGGUGUGCUUUGAAAGUGAGGUGACAGCGGCUCUGGUCCCCUGUGGCCACAACCUCUUCUGCAUGGAGUGUGCCGUGCGGAUCUGUGAGCGGACUGACCCGGAAUGCCCCGUGUGCCAUGCAGCAGCCACUCAGGCCAUUAGAAUAUUUUCUUAAAAACAGAAAGAGAGAGAGAGAAUAAACAUUGAGGGCUCUGGAUUGGGUGUU